CUAGUUUAGUCCCUUUAUCCUGUGAAGUAGGGGUCAUCAUUAGCCCCCUUUUACAGAGGAGAGAAUUGAGGCUUCGAGAGAGAGAAACUUGGCCAGGAGUUUCCACUCGGUCCGACGCCCUCGGUGCCCCGCCGGGGACGGUGGCUGGGCGCGGGGAGCAGGGGGCGGCGCCGGCGGGGCCCCGGGCAGGGGCGGGGUCGGGGCGCGGACAAAACGGCCGCGGGGCGGCGGGGUGGCGGACGCGGCCAUGGAGGCCGAGGGCUGCCGCUACCAAUUUCGGGUCGCGCUGCUGGGGGACGCGGCGGUGGGCAAGACGUCGCUGCUGCGGAGCUACGUGGCAGGCGCGCCUGGCGCCCCGGAGCCGGAGCCCGAGCCCGAGCCCACGGUGGGCGCCGAGUGCUACCGCCGCGCGCUGCAGCUGCGGGCAGGGCCGCGGGUCAAGCUGCAACUCUGGGACACCGCGGGCCACGAGCGCUUCAGGUGCAUCACCAGGUCCUUUUACCGGAAUGUGGUGGGUGUCCUGCUGGUCUUUGAUGUGACAAACAGGAAGUCCUUUGAACACAUCCAAGACUGGCACCAGGAGGUCAUGGCCACUCAGGGCCCAGACAAGGUCAUCUUCCUGCUGGUUGGCCACAAGAGUGACCUGCAGAGCACCCGCUGUGUCUCAGCCCAGGAGGCUGAGGAGCUAGCUGCCUCCCUGGGCAUGGCCUUCAUGGAGACCUCGGCUAAAAACAACUGCAAUGUGGACCUGGCCUUUGACACCCUCGCUGAUGCUAUCCAGCAGGCCCUGCAGCAGGGGGACAUCAAGCUAGAAGAGGGCUGGGGGGGUGUCCGGCUCAUCCACAAGACCCAAAUCCCCAGGUCUCCCAGCAGGAAGCAGCACCCAGGCCCAUGCCAGUGUUGACUCUAGGAGAGAAAGGGUUAAAGCAGUCCCAGCCUUAGCCCACCUGGUGGGAUGGGGAGUGUUAGUAUCUCUCUGGAGGACAAAUGACAGAAGGGUUCAUAUAAACAGUAUCCUGACA